GACGCACGACGUCGACGUCACGCGGUAGGCCCGUGUCAUGUGACCGGUAUUGCAAGGAAGCCAGUCCAUCAGAAAAAUCCUCCCGAGAUGAAUCGAACAAUUAUGAACACCGUGUUCGCGUUUUUAUGCGUUUUAUCAGGUGUUUUGGGCGACAGUUUGACUGUUCUGCGCAGCCCGCAAUACGUGACUUUCCGUGAUGGACAAUGGCGCAUAUCGGGAGAAAAGAUCCCUGAUUUAGUUGCCCUGACCAUGGGCUUCUCCAUCCGUGAGGAUCUUGAUUGGCCAGGUCUGGCCGCUGGCUCGCUGUUCCAACGCCCGCGUGCGAACGCUCUGAUCGUCGUGCGCGGUUUGGACAGCCUCGACUUUCCGAAAAACAUUUCCUCUUACCCUGUUGAAAAUCCGGUUCCCUUCACUCUGGACAGUGUGGCAAACACAGUGCACACUCUGUUUGCCGACAGCACACCUGUGGUCUUGCAGCUCGCCCCUAGUGAGGAGAGGCUGUAUAUGAUGGGAAUGGCCAACACUGUUUUUGAGGACCUGCCUGUGACUCUGCAACAGAUCCGUGGACGUCUGUCCCAGGACGGAUCCGUCCUCACGUCCCUUCCUCUCAUCUCUCUCAGCCGUAAUAACGAGGCUGAUCUUCUGUUUCUGUCUGAGGUUCAGGUGCUCUAUGACAUCUCAACUCUGUUGCAGAAACACAAGCAUCUGGCCAAAGACCCAGCUCCUGACCUGUACUCUCUAGAGCUUGCUGGGUUGGAGGAAAUCGUCCGCCGCUACGGCACAGACUCUCCUCAGUUCAUCGACGCUACCAGAAUCCUAACGUCUGCUCUGCAAAAGUUCGCAGAUGAUGUCGCCAACGUCUAUGCAAACAACGCGGUUGUUGAAGUCGUGACGGUGAAGACGUUUGAAACCCCUCUGACCAGGAAGUCACGCUCCAUCCUCGAGUCCAAGCCGAUCAGUAACCCAGGCAGCCCCUACAACCUGGCCUACAAGUACGACUACGAUUAUGCAGUGAUCUUUAACAUUGUCCUCUGGCUGAUGAUCGUGUUAGCUUUAGCCGUCAUCGUGAUUUCGUACAACCUCUGGAACAUGGAUCCCGGUUAUGACAGCAUCAUCUACAGGAUGACCAACCAGAAGAUCCGGAUGGACUGAUGUCGUCCGCCGCGUCCCAUUCCAUUUUGUGUUUUGUAUUCGAGUACAUUUGAAUGUGUUUUUUUUUUUUUUGAUGUGUG